AGCCCUUCUCCCAGCGAUCGACACCAAAAAAUGUCAAUACCACAGCAACAGCAACCUCCGAAGCCCCCGCAGCUCUCUGCACUGGAGGAGGACGACGAGUUUGAAGACUUUGCUAUCGAAAACUGGACAGAGGCAGACGAAGAUCACGAAGACGCUCUGCUAUGGGACGAUAAUUGGGACGAUGAAGACCUGAACGAUGAAUUUACGCGGCAAUUAAGAGCCGAGCUCAUAAAGCCAGCAUCCGAUGCCACGUCCGGUCAGCAGCAACAAGCACAACAGCAGCAACAGUAGAGUACCAAGUAGUUGAUCAAAUGCUUCGUUCAUGCCAGCUCACGAAUGACGGACGUAACACGGUGGACACUCAGUGGGACUGGGCGGACGCGCUACUUUGUUCGCGAGACAAGGAAAAGGAAUGAGAUCGAACGACCGCGGGGAUGCCAAGGUGUCCCAAAUGACUUUGCACAAACAGUAGAUCCCAAGUUGCUUAACAAAUUUAAAUCCCGAUAAAUACACCACGCAAUAUACAGCUAUCUCCACAAAUACACAAGUCUGUGAUCAUCGC